ACUCUUCAUCUUCUUCAUAUUCCAACACCUAAAUUACCCAAAAUCCACUCCUUAUCUAUCUUUAGAAAAAUAUCAAAUGGCUGUUUUUCCAAGGCUUCUUUUGAAGCUCAUAGAAUGUGUUUUGUACCAACUCUUAGCCAAUUCAUGUUACAAAGCAGCUAAAAAAGUAAAACAAUAUGGUUUUACCUUUACUUCCCUUUUUGUUACUACAAACCCAUCUCUCAAAACACCCAGUAAUAAUUCUUCUUCUUCUUCUUUUUACCCUCACGUCUCCAAAUGUAGCCUUAAAAACAGAGCAUCCCAAACUCUUGUUUGUGAUUUAAAUGUACUUUUAAACUCCUCAAAAACCUACUCUUUUUUCCCUUAUUUCAUGCUUGUUUCCUUUGAAGGUGGCACCAUUUUUAGAGCUUUAAUCUUGCUUAUUUCGUGGCCAUUUCUUUGUCUCUUGGACUGGGAAUCCAAAUUCAAAGCUAUGAUUUUCAUUUCUUUUUGUGGGCUACCAAUUAAGGACAUGACCAAUGUUAGUAAGGCUGUUCUCCCUAAGUUUUUUCUUGAGAAUCUCAACCUCCAUGUUUUUGAAGUCUUUCAAGCUACUGGCUCUAAGGUUGUGUUUACUAGUGCUCCUAGAGUUAUGGUGGAAGGGUUUUUGAGAAAUUAUUUGAAUGUUAACGAUGUCGUAGGGACUGAAUUGCAAACUUAUGGACGUUACUACACUGGUCUUCUGUCUCAAAAUGGUUUGCUUGUCAAACAUAAAGCUUUACUUGAGUAUUUUGGAGAACAGAAGCCUGAUCUUGGUAUUGGAUCUCCAAAUCUUCAUGAUCAUCUUUUCAUCUCUCUUUGCAAGGAAGGAUAUGUUGUGAACAAGGAGGAGGAGAAGAAAAAAGGAGAAGUAGUAGGGAGAGAAAGAUAUCCAAAGCCAUUAAUAUUUCACGAUGGAAGAUUAGCAUUUUUACCAACUCCAUUUGCAAGUCUUUGCACAUUCCUAUGGAUUCCUUUUGGUAUUUUGCUAGCAAUUUACAGAAUUUCACUAGGCAUUUUCCUUCCUUACAAAUUGGGUCUUUGUUUAGGCCAUUGGAGUGGGUUAAACGUAACUCUAAAAGGAUACACAACGACGAAAACGACGAAGACGACAACAAAAAAAGGAGGAGUUCUAUUUGUUUGUAGCCACAGAACACUCUUAGACCCCGUUUUUUUAAGCGCAUUAAUUGGUAAACCAUUAGUUGCUGUUACAUAUAGUUUAAGCAAAUUCUCAGAAGUCAUAGCUCCAAUUAAAACAGUGAGAUUGAGUAGAGAGAGAGAGAAAGAUGGUAAAAAAAUGCAAAAAUUACUCGAACAAGGGGAUUUGGUUGUUUGUCCUGAAGGGACGACAUGUCGAGAGCCGUAUUUGUUGAGAUUUAGUCCACUUUUUGCUGAAUUGACAGAUGAAAUAGUACCUGUUGCUGUGGAUUCAUGGGUUAGUAUGUUCUAUGGGACAACAGCAAGUGGAUUAAAAUGGCUGGAUCCAAUAUUCUUUUUGAUGAAUCCAAGAGCUAGUUAUCAUAUGGUUGUUCUUCCUAAGAUUCCAAAGGAAAAAACAUGUGGUGGUGGAGGAAAAUCAAGUUACGAAGUUGCUAAUUAUGUUCAAAGACAAUUGGGUGAUGUUUUGGGAUUUCAAUGUACUAACCUUACUAGAAAGGAUAAGUAUUUGAUGUUGGCUGGGAAUGAAGGUGUUGUACUACAACAUCAUCACCAAAACUCCUCAAAAACAACAACAUAGAUUUUUCUCUUUUCCUCUUUUUCUUGUUUGGUAUAAAUCCAAAUUGAUAUCAUGAGCAGCAGCUUCUAUUAAUUGUUUUUUUGUGCUACGUUGUUUAUGUUCAUCAUGAACUUGUUUUUACAUGGAUUUUGUGAUAAUUAAAUGUCACAUUUGGUAUCUA